AAAAUUUUUUUGGGGGGUCAUUGCAUGUCUAAAGUCCGAGCAGCCCCGUCGGUAGGAUGCCGCGUGGAAGCCGAAGCCGCACCUCCCGCACGGCCCCUCCGGCCAGCCGGGCCCCUCAGAUGAGAGCUACGCCCAGGCCAGGACCAGCUGCUCAGCCACCAGCAGCGGCACCCCCCUCUGCAGUUGGCUCUCCUGCUGCUGCGCCCCGGCAGCCAGGUCUGCUGUCCCAGAUGGCAACCACUGCAGCUGGCGUGGCUGUGGGCUCUGCUGUGGGGCACACACUGGGCCACGCCAUUACUGGGGGCUUCAGUGGAGGAAGUGAUCCUGAGCCUGCGAGGUCUGACAUCACUUACCAGGAGCCUCAGGGAACCCAGCCGGCGCAGCAGCAGCAGCCUUGUUUCUAUGAGAUCAAACAGUUCUUGGAGUGUGCCCAGAACCAGGGUGACAUCAAGCUCUGUGAGGGUUUCAGCGAGGUGCUGAAACAGUGCCAACUUGCAAACGUAUUGGCCUAAUCAAGAAGUUCAAACUGGAGAAAUGGAAAACCAGCUCUCAUAACCAAGCUAACUUAAUAUAAAAAUUUAAUUAAUAGUGAAAGUAUAAAGUGUAGCCUCUCCUGUCAUUCCUAGCUUCCUUGCUUCAGAAUUGAAAUGGAAGGGGGUGUUCCUACUCUGUAGAAUUUGGAGCUGGUCAAAUGUGUGGCCUCCUUAAACUAGCUGUUACGAUUUUAUUCUUUGUGAGUUAAUUAGAAUAAAGUGAUUUUUCUUUCCAAAAAAAAAAAAAAAAUUUUUUUUGUGUGUGGAGAUUAGGUUCCACUGUGUUCUUCAGCCUGGUCAUGAACUCCUGGCUUCAACUGAAGCUAGGAGUGGGAUUACAGACAUGGACCACUGCACCAAGCCUCUUAUAUCUUUCUUAUGAAUUAAAACUUAUAUCAUUAUUCAGUGACCCUCUAUAUCUUUAACAAUGUGUUUUGUUCCACCACUAAAAAAAUAUAUAAAAUUCAUAUAUUGUAAAAUUCA